AUGGGGGAAGUAACAGAGGAAGAAGUAGAGAAGUUCCUGGACUCCAAUGUUGGCUUUGCCAAACAAUAUUACAACCUCCAUUAUCGGGGCAAGGUCAUCUCAGACCUCCUUGGGGCCAAAGAGGCAGCUGUGGACUUCAGCACCUAUCACCCCCUGAGCAGCGUGGAAGAGAGUGAGAUCAUCUUUGACCUCCUGCGGGAUUUCCAGGAGAAUUUGCAGACCGAGAAAUCCGUCUUCAAUGUCAUGAAGAAGCUAUGCUUCCUCCUACAGGCAGACCGCAUGAGCCUGUUCAUGUACAGGACUCGCAACGGCAUCCCGGAACUGGCCACCAGACUCUUCAACGUCCACAAGGAUGCAGUCCUGGAGGAGUGCCUGGUGGUACCUGACUCGGAGAUUGUCUUCCCUCUGGACAUGGGUGUGGUGGGCCACGUGGCACAGUCCAAAAAGAUCGUCAACGUCCCCAACACUGGAGAGGACCAGCAUUUCUGUGACUUCGUGGACACGCUCACGGAGUACCAGACGAAGCACAUCUUGGCCUCCCCCAUCAUGAACGGGAAGGACGUGGUGGCCAUCAUCAUGGCUGUGAACAAAGUGGAUGGACCCCACUUCACCCAGAGAGACGAAGAGAUUCUCUUGAAGUAUCUCAAUUUUGCAAACUUGAUCAUGAAGGUGUUCCACUUGAGUUAUCUGCACAACUGUGAGACUCGCCGUGGCCAGCUAUUGCUGUGGUCUGGGAGCAAGGUUUUCGAAGAGCUUACAGACAUCGAGAGACAAUUUCACAAGGCCCUGUACACUGUCCGUGCUUUCCUCAACUGCGACCGAUACUCCGUGGGCCUCUUGGACAUGACCAAGCAGAAGGAAUUUUUUGAUGUGUGGCCCGUCCUGAUGGGUGAAGUGCCACCCUACUCGGGACCCAAGACCCCGGAUGGAAGGGAAAUCACCUUCUACAAGGUCAUCGACUACAUCCUACACGGCAAAGAAGACAUUCAAGUCAUUCCGAAUCCGCCCCCUGACCAUUGGGCUUUAGUGAGCGGUCUCCCCACCUACGUUGCCCAAAAUGGCUUGAUCUGCAACAUCAUGAACGCGCCUGCUGAGGACUCCUUUGCCUUCCAGAAAGAGCCACUGGAUGAGUCUGGGUGGAUGAUCAAGAAUGUCCUUUCUAUGCCGAUUGUGAAUAAGAAGGAAGAAAUUGUCGGUGUGGCCACAUUUUACAAUCGCAAGGAUGGGAAGCCCUUUGAUGAAAUGGAUGAGACCCUCAUGGAGUCUUUGACUCAAUUCUUGGGCUGGUCCGUCCUCAAUCCUGACACCUAUGAGUCAAUGAACAAACUUGAAAACAGGAAGGACAUUUUCCAGGACAUGGUGAAAUAUCAUGUGACGUGUGACAAUGAAGAAAUCCAGAAAAUCCUGAAAACCAGGGAGGUGUUUGGAAAGGAGCCAUGGGACUGUGAGGAAGAGGAGCUGUCUGAGAUCCUGCAAGGAGAGCUGCCAGAUGCAGAGAAAUAUGAAAUCAACAAGUUCCACUUCAGCGACUUGCCCCUCUCGGAGCUGGAGCUGGUGAAGUGUGGGAUCCAGAUGUACUAUGAGCUGAAAGUCGUGGAUAAGUUCCACAUUCCGCAGGAGGCCCUGGUGCGCUUCAUGUACUCACUGAGCAAGGGCUACCGCAGGAUCACCUACCACAACUGGCGGCACGGCUUCAACGUGGGGCAGACCAUGUUCUCCUUGCUGGUGACAGGAAAGCUGAAGCGCUAUUUCACAGACCUGGAAGCCUUGGCCAUGGUCACCGCUGCCUUCUGCCAUGACAUCGAUCACAGAGGCACCAACAACCUCUACCAGAUGAAAUCCCAGAACCCACUGGCCAAGCUCCACGGCUCCUCCAUUUUGGAAAGGCACCACUUGGAGUUUGGCAAAACCUUACUGAGAGACGAGAACCUGAAUAUCUUCCAAAACCUCAACCGCAGGCAGCACGAGCAUGCCAUCCACAUGAUGGACAUCGCCAUCAUCGCCACGGACCUCGCCCUCUAUUUCAAGAAGAGGACCAUGUUCCAGAAGAUCGUGGACCAAUCCAAGACCUACGAGACGGAGCAGGAGUGGACUCAGUACAUGAUGUUGGAACAGACACGGAAGGAGAUUGUCAUGGCCAUGAUGAUGACGGCCUGUGACCUCUCGGCCAUCACCAAGCCCUGGGAGGUCCAGAGCAAGGUAGCUCUGUUGGUUGCUGCUGAAUUCUGGGAGCAAGGUGACUUGGAGCGCACAGUUCUGCAGCAGAACCCCAUUCCCAUGAUGGACAGAAACAAGGCUGACGAACUCCCCAAGCUGCAGGUCGGCUUCAUUGACUUCGUUUGCACCUUUGUCUACAAGGAAUUCUCCCGUUUCCAUGAGGAGAUCACCCCCAUGCUGGACGGGAUCACCAACAACCGCAAAGAGUGGAAGGCCCUUGCUGACGAGUAUGAUGCCAAGGUGAAGGUGCUGGAGGAGGAGAAGCAGAAACGGCAGGCCGCCAAGCAAGCAGCCACAGGAAGCCAGGCUGGGGGAGGUCCGGGCCCCGCAGGGGACACGCCAGCGUCCAAGUCCUGCUGCAUCCAGUAG